AUGUCACAGAAUAAACCAGGGGUAUUCUCAAGUUUGCGCAUGGGUGAAGUCGUUCGCGAGAAAGUCCAAGAUGGACUGACUGGAGAGACUCGAGAAAUCCAAUAUACCCAGUGCAAGAUCGUCGGCAAUGGCUCGUUUGGUGUCGUAUUCCAGACCAAGAUGGCCCCUAGUGGGGAAGACGCUGCAAUCAAGCGAGUUCUGCAGGAUAAACGUUUCAAGAACCGCGAACUCCAGAUUAUGCGCAUUGUCCGCCAUCCGAACGUUGUAGAGCUCAAGGCCUUUUACUACUCUAAUGGUGAAAGAAAAGAUGAGGUUUAUCUCAAUCUCAUUCUGGAAUAUGUCCCCGAGACGGUUUACAGAGCAUCCCGCUAUUUCAACAAACUCAAGACCACCAUGCCAAUGCUUGAGGUGAAGCUCUACAUCUAUCAGCUCUUUCGCUCCCUGGCCUAUAUCCAUUCCCAAGGAAUCUGCCAUCGUGACAUCAAGCCGCAAAACCUUUUGCUUGAUCCCAGCACCGGUAUUCUGAAACUCUGUGAUUUCGGUUCGGCCAAGAUUCUCGUCGAGAAUGAGCCAAAUGUGUCUUACAUUUGCUCCCGCUACUACCGCGCACCGGAGCUGAUUUUCGGUGCCACCAACUAUACCACCAAGAUUGAUGUCUGGUCCACCGGUUGCGUGAUGGCCGAACUAAUGCUGGGACAACCACUCUUCCCUGGCGAGUCCGGAAUCGAUCAGCUAGUGGAAAUCAUCAAGGUUCUGGGUACUCCGACCCGUGAGCAGAUUCGGACAAUGAAUCCCAACUAUAUGGAACACAAGUUUCCUCAAAUCAAGCCACAUCCGUUCAACAAGGUCUUCCGUCGAGCCCCGCACGAAGCCAUUGACUUGAUUUCCGCUCUUGUUGAAUACACACCGACACAACGUCUCACUGCCAUUGAAGCAAUGUGCCACCCCUUUUUUGAUGAGCUCAGAGAUCCCAACACUCGGUUACCCGAUUCCCGCCAUCCUAACAAUCCCCCGAAGGAUCUUCCCAAUCUCUUCGAUUUCAGCCGACACGAACUCUCGAUUGCGCCCGCGAUGAACAGCCGGCUGAUUCCUCCUCAUGCACGGAAAGCCCUCGAAGCUCGCGGCCUUGACAUCGAAAACUUCGUCCCUCUCACGAAGGACGAAAUGAUGGCACGCCUUGACUGA